UCUGUGAAUAGAAAAAACCAAAUUGGCCUGUUGUCUCUUUUCUUUGGCCAACACUAUAUUUGCAUGGCACUGUUACACCUUUCUUAGCUCACACUCACUGCCUCAACCUCUCUUUCUGGUCUGGCCGUUUUCUCACAAAUACCCAACUGGGUUUUCUUGUUUCAAUUGUGCUUCCUAUACCCCUAAUCUCAAUCUGGGUACUUGAAAUUUCAAUUCUUUUCUAAAGCUUUUCGGGUUUUUUUUUGUUUCUUGUUUUUUUCUAGUGCUUGUGUAGGUCUUUUCUUUGAAGGUGGUGUGACCGAUCAUGGCCAAUUCUUCGGGCCGUGUUGACUUCUGGGAUGCUGAAAAGAUGCUUGAUCUUUAUCUGCACGAUUAUAUGGUGAAGAAGAAUAUGCACUCCACUGCUGAAAUCUUCAGGAGAGAAGCUGAUGUCUAUUCUGAAAGUCCUGUUGUUAUUGAUACCAAGGAGGGGUUCUUAAAUGAAUGGUGGACUUUGUUUUAUGAUGUGUAUUCGUCUAGGGCACAAUUGAAGCAUCAAGAUCAGGCCAAGGUUGAAGCACCAGUUCAGGAAAGGAGAGAGAAUGAGCAGCAACGUAAACAUCCAAGAGUGCCUGAAGAUUUACCAAGAGUGCCUACUGCACCUUUAGCAACCAAGCAAAAGAGGUCUCGACGAACGCCUAGGACCAGGAGUAUUGACUACUUUAGUAAGUGGUUGGGGAUACCAGGUGGAGAUUUUGGUCCCAAUUUGCAUCCGCUUCGUGUCAAUGAUCUGAAUAUCUCAAAGUCACUUGCAACCAGUUCAAGCCCUCUGCAUCAGCAACUCCUCAAGAAUAUUGCUCAAAUGCAGCAGGUGCAGGACAACAGAAAUGUCAUUAGCUUCGGCAGGACUAACAACAUUGGCUCUAAGGUUUUUGGACUGCGUAACUCCUUACUCCCACUAACUGGAGCUCAGGAUGCAGGUAUAAGCGGAGUUGAACCUGGACCACAAAUUGGAAGGCCUUUAAAAGUAGUAAGCGCAGCUUUGCAGGCUCCAAACCACCAACAACUGAUUGAGACAUCAACAACAGAACAUCAGCAUCCACCUUUGAGUGAUCAGAUGGUGGGUUGCCUCUUGAGACAAAUUGCAGAGCCCCAGCAACAACCUGAUCAGCAGCAGUUACUAGAGGAUGACAGAGAGAGGAGGACAGCAUCAGGAGCUGGAGACAGUCAUUUGGAAAAUACGAGUGCUAAUGAAGAUGCCCCUGUGGAAGAAAAUACCGAGUCUUUCUUGUCCUAUGAGGAUGACAGUGCUGCUGGUGGUACAAGCACUCCAUUCAAGGCUUCAAAGCGUCGUGGUGGGAAAAAAAAGCACGAAAGGGGCUUCAAGUUCGAAGAAAUUUGUUCUCUCCAUUCAAGCAUGGCUAAGGUUAUAUGCUGCCAUUUUUCAUCAAAUGGGACGUUGUUAGCAAGUGCAGGGCAUGAAAAAAAGCAGGUUCUGAUUUGGAACAUGGAAACUUUUGAUGUUGUUAAAACUUUCGAAGAGCAUUCUCAUCUCAUUACAGAUGUACGGUUUAGACCAAAUUCAACAACGUUUGCAACAUCUUCGUUUGAUAGAAAUGUGAAGAUAUGGGAUGCAGCCAGACCAAGUGAAUCAAUAUCCAAGCUUGAAGGGCACACUGAGCAUGUAAUGUCAGUGGAUUUUCACCCAAGGAAGUUCAAUCUCCUUUCAUCAUGCGAUAGUAACGAUGAAAUCCGACUGUGGAAUGUCAACCAAUCUAAGUGCACACGCAUGUUUAAGGGAGCAACUAAACAAGUCAGAUUCCAGCCUCGAUUUGGAAAAUAUUUGGCUGCUGCUUCAGGAAAUAGUGUCAAUACUUUUGAUGUUGAGACUGCCAGUUUCGACUUGUAUUCGAAGGGAUCUGGACAUGCCAAAGAUGUCCUUUCAAUUUGCUGGGAUACAAGUGGGAAGUAUCUUGCCUCUGUUAGUGAAGACAGUGCACGGAUUUGGUCAACUGCAUCAAGCGGAAAAUGCAUAUAUGAACUCCACUCAAAUGGCAACAAAUUCCAAUCAUGCACAUUUCAUCCUGGAUAUUCACUACUCUUGAUCAUUGGUUGUUACGAGUCUCUUGAGUUGUGGAGUCCAAGUGAGAGCAAUAAAACUAUGACUGUUCCAGCGCACAAGGGGCUAGUUGCUGCACUGGCAUCAUCCCCAAAGACUGACAUGGUUGCCUCAGGGAGCCAUGAUCAGGUCGUCAAACUAUGGAAAUGAGCCCUUUUGAUGUGACAGCAUACAUGCCAGGAUGAGAAAAUCUGGAGGAACUGUAAAAACUAGGGACAUGAGAUGAUACAAGGUGUACCUGUCAUGAACAAUAAGCUAAACUGUUUAGCCAAGGAUACAGUUUUUGGUCAUAUCCUUAUAGGAGAAAACAGGGCAUGUACCCUGAUCUUCCAACCUCAAGUACAAUGCAAUGUAAAUAUUUAGGAUCAUCUUUUUUAGUUCUAAGACUAUGGUUGCUUUUUACAAUAUCAUGGCAUUAUUUGCCCCCCUUU